AUGUCGUUAGUUAGAAAGGUUGCUGUUAUCGGAGCCAGCGGAAAUGUUGGCAAGUCGGCUGUUAAGGCACUGCUUCAAGAAGGUUUUCAAGUAACGGGUCUGACUCGAAAAUCAUCAAACAGUACCCUCCCCCAGGGCAUCGACACUGUUAGAACCGACUACUCUGAAGAAUCUCUCGUCGAGGUCUUGAAAGGCCAUGAUGCUGUAGUCAGCACGGCCUCUGGCAUAGCCAUUGGCCAGAUAUUGCCCUUCCAGAAGCUCAUGGUCGACGCAACCAUCAAAGCCGGCGUCAAGGUCUUUGUCCCCUCCGAGUUCGGCGUCGACACUGCAAGUCCAGAAGCGCCGAAGGUCAUUCCUUUCGUCCAAGACAAGAUCGACACGCUCGACUACAUCAAGACCAAGAACGGCGAGCUUUCGUGGAUUGCUAUUGUUUCAGGUGCCAUGUUUGACUGGGGCCUCAACAUUCCCGGUUUUGGUGGCUUUAACAUCCCUGCACGCACCGCUACACUUUAUGACGGGGGUGACAUCGCUUACGAGGCCACAAACCUGGAUCAGGUUGGGAGGGCAAUCGCCAAAAGCUUGAAGAAUCUCGAAAUUACACGUAAUCAACACGUCUAUGUCAACAGCUUUACCGUGACCCAGAACGACGUCCUCAGUGCGCUUGAAAAAGUCACGGGAGACAAAUUCCAAGUUUCCCAUGGAACGGUCGAUGAGCUCUGGGAAGGUGGCACUGAACAGGUCAUAAAUGGAAAUUCUAUGGGCGCUCUGGCUCAGAUCUCUGGUGCAAUCUACGGCAAGGGGGGUGUCGCGAAUUAUUCUAUUGAUAAAGGACUGUGGAAUGAUAAGAUAGGGUUACCCGGGGAAAACCUCGAGGAGUUUGUCAAGGGUUAUAUGAAAAGCACUUGA